GCUGUCAGAGCCGCCGCGUUCGUCGGCGGUCCUGAAGUCCAGGGGAGCCGUUGUCGCUGCCUUUCCCGUGGCUGUGGAGCGCGUCCCCCCCGCGGGUGGGACUGCCGAGCCGGAAGUGCGAGAUGAGCACCAUGUUCGCGGACACGCUGCUCAUCGUCUUCAUCUCGGUGUGCACGGCCCUUCUCGCCGAGGGUAUCACCUGGGUCCUGGUGUACAGGACAGACAAAUACAAGAGGCUGAAGGCGGAAGUGGAGAAGCAGAGUAAAAAGUUGGAAAAGAAGAAGGAAACAAUAACCGAGUCAGCUGGUCGACAGCAGAAAAAGAAAAUAGAGAGGCAGGAGGAGAAACUGAAGAACAACAACAGAGACCUGUCAAUGGUCCGGAUGAAAUCCAUGUUCGCAAUCGGCUUCUGCUUCACCGCCCUGAUGGGGAUGUUCAAUUCCAUGGCCGGGGACCGAACUGCAAGCAAAGUACGUGCCCUCGCCCGGAAUGAAACCCAAGACCCUGGUUCUCGGGCCGAUGCUCUGACCACUGAGCAAAAUCAGUCGGGGCAUUUUCGCCGCCCUAAUAGACCACUUUGUGCCAAAGACGAGCAGACCAGCGAGGCGCGCCCUGCCUCAGUGAUGUCAGCGCUGCGUGGGGUGAGAAGACAGAGACAGAUUCGCGGUGGGGUCAGAGCAGAGAUGUGCCUGUAUUCGAUGGCAGAGUGGUGGCAAAGCUGCCCUUCACCCCCCUGUCCUACAUCCAGGGGCUGUCUCACCGGAACCUGCUGGGCGAUGACACCACGGACUGCUCCUUCAUCUUCCUGUACAUCCUCUGCACCAUGUCCAUUCGGCAGAACAUCCAGAAGAUCCUCGGCCUGGCCCCUUCGCGAGCUGCCACCAAGCAGGCCGGCGGGUUCCUGGGCCCUCCACCGCCUGCGGGGAAGUUCUCUUGAAGUCGAGAAGAACCCUGUGAUUCCUGUCGUUUCUUAAGGUCUUCUAGUUAAAUGAGCAACUAUUUCAUACCCAGAACCACAGGCAGCCUUGGCGCUCAGGCCACUUUCCAGCUUUCUCUCUCGACUGAUGGACGUGCUUCAAUGAGGACGGGGCCCCGCAGCCAGACUCGGCAGUGCCUCCGUCGCAGGAGUGUUGUAAAUAGGUGUCGGUCCGAUGAGCGAAGGUGACGUUUGUGUGAUGAGAAACCGUCUUUCUUGUUUUGUUUACAUGAACAUUUUUGUGGGACCGACUCGAGACUGCUGUGCGCCAUGGAAGGUGGCUCUCCGGGAGCAUGUUGCAGUCUGAAAGCAGUUAGUUUUCCUGUAGUUAGUGACUUAAUCGUGUGUGUGUUUUAAAGCCAAAUGUAUGACCUGUGAUCAAUAAAGAGGCCAGAAUGAUAGCAU